GAGGCAACAGAAAAAUUAACACAGUGAAUGAAGGAAUGAUCCUGCAUAUGAAACCAGUGCAUGUGAAAUGCAUCAGUCGAAGCAUUUUCAUCCACCGUUGAGAUGUUCAUUUGUGUGUGAGUGUGUGUUGAGUUGUGUGAGUAGAUCUGUGUGUGAGGAUAAUCAACAUGACGCAGUGGUGGGCUCUAUUCAUCGUUGUUUACUUGUCCAUCUACCUGGCAGCCACUCAGCACCACAGGAAAGCUCUGUAUCCAUCUGCAAAUAGGAUCAAGCGUGGGACAUAUUCGCUGAUCAACCCUACGUUCCAGCAUUCAUUGGAGGAUGUCAACCUGCUUUUUGAGAUCCUGCUAGCUGGAAUGCAGAUCCAAGGUGGGGAACACACCAUGCUGAUCCCAGAUGAGGAGCUGGCCUCCCUCAGGAGCGUGGAGAAGCUAGAGGUCAUCUGUGAGGACAUCUUGCCCAAGAGGCUCUCCGACAUUCGCCGUCUGGCAGCAGAGCUCACCCAGCGUCAGCAAUCUCUGAGCUGGCAGGACUUUGAGAGGACAGUUCUGACCCUGGUGUACACCACUCAGACCCUGGCUCGAGUCAGCAAUCAGCAGCAGAGAGAGGCAUGGGUGGACGCUGUGAUACAGCUGUUCAGAGCUGUUCAAAAGGACCUCAGACCCUCUUAAGGAAAAUUUAGAAGAUGUAUUUUUUUAAAGCACAUGGUCACCCAUGCCUUUUUAACAAUCUUUCAGUAUAUGACUGUGUUACACUUAAACUGUGUCUCAGUUUUAUACAUACCCUACAUACUAAUUCUAUAUAGUAUGCACUACAGCAUAUGCUAAAUGUUAUAGUAUGCUGUUUUUACAGUUAGUAUACAAUAAAUCAGUGUUUGACAAAAAUCACCUCCAUCAAAUACCUCAAGGUCUACUAACUCUUUCCAGAGCUUUUAACCGCAUCUUGCAGUCAUCCUCAGCUGAUGGAGCUGAGUCCACUAACUAGCUCAAACAGCUGAGCUUCUGCUGUGGAAAAAGCUAGCAAGUGGACCUUGAGUUAAGAUUUUUUUCAAUCAAUCCACUUUACUGUUUUGUAAACAGGAAAUGAUGUAAUACAUGAGCUGUCAAUCAACCUUCAACUGGAAUUCCACUGCCGAUUUUCAUUCAUGAAGAGAAAACAUAUUUUCCCAAAGAUUUAAUCUUUUUUCUUUGUGUUCUGCGAUCUUCUUGAAACUGUUUCACCACUAUCCAAUUUAUUUAAAUGUUUUUCAAAAUCUCCUCCAUUCCCUAAAUGCAAUGCUUUGUGGGACAACAGUGUCCACCAGCAACAUGCUCAAAAAUCAAGUGUAUUUAGCGUCUGUCACAAUACCCAAACUUGCAGUCUUGAGCACAGAAGUGCAUGGUUAUCCAUCCCCAAGUGGUAGGCAUGUGUCCCAUGACAACAAAAAUAACAACACACAGUACACUUAGCCAACAUGUGAUGUGCUCAUAUCUGAAUUGAAGCAGUAUUCUAUGAUAUCUACUGCACCAACCCUGUCCAGUUGUUGAUGGUAAUGCGCCUAAAACUUGUUUCAGCACUGACAAUAAUUAACAAACAUGCAGAAGUUGUCAUUUAGUUGAUUCAGCCUGUCAUAUUAUACAGUAUAUAUACAUAUAUAUGUAUGGUCAAUGACUGUCAAUGAUCAAUGAUGGUCAGUGAUUGUGAAAAAUAUGUUCCUUCUCUAAAGAUGUAAUCAGAGAGAAACCAUGAAAUAUAAUAUCACAAUAUCUCUCUUUUAUGUAAAGUACAUCUACGUGCUUCAAGAUAACUUGUUUCAACUGUAGCAUUUUGUCUUUAUUAGACGAGAUGAAUGAAGACAGACAACAGUCGGAGAGAGAGGGGUAUGACAUACAGCAAGAGUCCCCAAAUGGAAUCGAAUAGGGGACAUUAGGCCUUAACCACUAGGCCACUAGGACACCCCGAUUGAAUUGCUUUACGAAUUGUAUUACUUCUCCCAGCUCUUAAAUGUGCAGUUGUUUUUCACUUUCAUCUGAUUGUAACUGUAAUGCAUUAUGUUCGAUCCUACUCAUUUGUUCAUUAUGGGACAAUUAAAUAAAACCAGCAAAGCA